UUUGCACCGACAACGUUCUCUAUAUAAAUGUAGUACGAUGUUUAAGAAUUUCUCGUGGCCAUGAUACGCACUGACAGCUAGAGAAAAAAACAAAAAUCUCCAAGUUUGUGGCUACGCAAUUCAUCUUGGAGAAGAGACACCGCAGAAGAGUUCAACCAGACUAUCGUCUCACUUUGGACGAGACGAUAUUCAAAUUUCAGAGUCUGAAGAUGGAUCGCGAUCACGUGAGCAUGACUAUUGGAGAUGAUGAAAUCUGGGAGCAGAGAAGGGCCAGAAUGAAAGAACUAGAAUCGGUAAACCAACCACACUGCCAAGUAGAAUUCAAAUGUCGUAUCAAUCCGCUGCUACACACGGCCACGAAAGACGGGGAUGUCGACAAGUUUAUCGAAGCCAUCAAAAAGUAUUCCGCCGAAGAGAGGGUCUCUUUAUCUGACAUUAUCCACAUACAGGGCCCUUCUGGGAACUCAUUCCUCCACAUCGCAGCGGGUAUCAAGAACCCCGACAUCCUCCGAGCCCUCCUCGAGGUCAUCCAUGACAAGCAGCUUGUCGCCAAGGCAAACUACCGUGGGGACACCGCCCUCCAUGUCGCGGCAAGAGCUGGCAGCAUCCAUGCGGCCGAGCUCCUCCUCAGCUGUGGCAGUAUUGCCGACAUUGCGAAUGACAUGGGGAACACGGCACUGCAUGAGGCUGUGAAGAACAGUCGCUAUGAGUUGACCCGUCUGCUCCUGAGUCGAGGCUCAAGAGCUGUGUAUCCGAAGAACAAGGAGAGCAAAUGCCCACUGUACUUGGCAGUCGAGACUGGAAACUUGGAGAUUCUCAAGCUUUUGAUGGAGGCGAUGGAUGAAAAUGAAGUCCCUUGGUCCAGGAUGCAAGGCAUGUCGCCAGUUCACGGAGCCGUGAUGCACCAAAGAUUAGAAAUGCUGAAAGAGAUGUCAAAGCGGAAGAAAGAGCUAUUUUAUUUAAAGGAUGCUGGAGGUGGUACUUCCCUCCAUCUAGCAGCAUAUGUGAAUUACAUCGAUGGAGUCAAAUUCUUGGUCGAUGAGUUCGCUUCGAGCGCCGUUGAAUACGACAAAGAGGGUUAUCUUCCAAUUCACGUCGCAUGCAAGAUGGGUCAUCUCGAAACAAUCAAGGAGCUGCUUCAACAUUGGUUAGAUCCAGAAGAGUUGCUAAAUUUUAAGGAAGGGCAAAACAUACUUCACGUUGCGGCAAAGUACGGCAAGGCCUCCAUAGUGAAGUACAUACUCGGUAAUCCCGAGCUCGAGAAGCUAAUAAAUGCGAAAGACAAGGAAGGAAAUACGCCUCUACAUGUGGCCACAUUGCAAUGGCAACCCGACGUUCUGCUCUCUCUCACCCGGGACAAUAGAGUCAAUCUUAAGCUCGUAAACAACGGCAACUUGACGGCUCUUGACAUUGUAGAUGCGCAACUGAAAAAGAUCGAUGCUCCACUUCACCAGAGCUUGACACGAACAAUCUUAUUGUCUGCUGGAGCACCCAGAAGCAAAGAAAAAGCAAUUUGCCAGCCAAAAAAAGGCUUAGGCCCGGGGAUAGAUUUGGAGCCUGCAGAUUUGGAUAGACUAAAGGACGAGGCCAAUUCCCGUAUGGUCGUGGCAACGCUGAUUGCCGCUAUGACAUUCGCUGCUGGCUUUUCUGUUCCUGGAGGAUAUAACAACUCCGAACCAGAUGCGGGAAUCGCUACGCUGUUGAACAAACCCAUGUAUGACGUCUUUGUGAUCUGCAACACUGUCGCCAUGUUCAGCUCGAUAAUUUCAGUUGUGAUCCUUCUUUGGAGACAGAUCAACGAUUCGCAUGCUGUGCUUCAUGCCCUUGGAAAGGCAAGGCUACCGCUGCUCGUAGCUCUUGCCACAAUGUCCGUGGCCUUCAUGGCAGGGAUCUAUGUGACCGUAAGCAAACGCACUUGGAUUGCCGUUGUCGCCUUGAUCAUUGGAAUCACUGCCCUCUUCGUUAUCUUGAGUCUUUACAUGGCCUUGUUCGUUCCGCUUGGGUACAAUUGUCGUCUUGUACAGCUCUUCGCCGACUACAUCAUUAGAGCUGGUAUAUCAAUUUCAAAAAGUGUGACCGUAGAAAGGGCCACGUGGCAGCCUGAGUAUCCUCUUGGAAUCCUCAAACCUUGUGCUGGAUCUCCCAAAAUUGAUUCGGCACCAUCAACAAAUGUCGCUGAUGAAAAAACCCAUAGCGUUGAGGCGGAUUAAGUUAUGUCUCGACCCAGGUGGAUGAUAUAGAUCGGUUUGUUAAAUCAUAGGAAAGAAAUCCAAUUAUCUGGAAGGGCAUAUAACUAUAUAUGUUGAGGUUUGUUUUGGUUAUGUGGGAUAAGUAUCUAAGUUUGACCGCACAAAGAAAUUCAAAGAAAAAGAGCUUCCACUACGGAUAAAACAAAAAGGAAAAUCUCUGUGGCACUACAAAACAAAAUUAGGGGCUCCAUGUUCUAUUAUGAUAUCUAUAUAUAUACAUACACUUUUACAGGUUGAGAAGUCUUUGUGAGAGAGAGAAACAAAAAGCAAGGGUUUUGCUUUUACUCUUCUUACCUGCAGAUGCCGCACACAGGGAAAAAGAAAAGAAGCCAGAGACGCUUCUUGGACUGCCGCAAGUAAAGUUUUUGCUUUGGGCCAGAACACUUGGCGAUUUGUACUGUAAGUUUUAUAUUUGUUUUUUGUCAACACUUUUAGUUUGGGUUUAAUCAACAUGUGGGAAGUAAGCGAUCGAAAUUCUGAUUUCCGAUUAUAGUUGAUUAUUUGCUAUUGGCUCUCCCCAUGAAGUAGAUACUGACACUCGGAUCAAAUUACGUAAAUCUCUGGUGUCCUAUUAAUGUUCCUCGUUUAUUUAUCUGGCGAUUUCACAUUGAAUAAAUUGCAAAAUCCUGCUAGUUUC